AUGUUACCCCAAGACCUUACAUACUAUAUUUCAAAGAUUGGAAUUUGCGCCAGCUUUCUCUCCAAUUUCUUUUUGAUCUACCUAACCAUAUUUCAUAUCAAAAAAGUAUUUGGGACAUAUCGGAUAAUGGUGAUUAUAUUUACGGCACUGGGCAUCAUUUUCUCAGCGUUGAAAGUUAUAACAAGACCAUUUGCUCACAAUUACAACAAAUCUGUCGUAUUCUUCAGCAUGUCCACGUGGAUUUUUUCGAAAACUUUUCUGCAGUUGUUGCUCGCGACUUGGGCGGGACUCUAUCUAGUCAUAGUUGCAUUUAUUUCCAUCCAGUUUAUCUAUAGAUAUUUCUGUUUCUUCACUCCGAAAAAUAUGAGAAUGUUUAAAGGGAUUCGCGGAUUCUGUUUGAUAGCGUAUCCUUUAGUACCUGGUGCAGUCUAUGCUGGCUCGUUGUAUCUAUUCUGCCUGCCUGAUGAACUCUACUAUCAGAGAUAUCGUCCUUCAAACCUAUGAUCUGUCAAUUACCGACGUGGCCGCGUUCACAAUAAUACCGUAUGCUUCCGAUGGCUCUUUGAGAGUCAAAAAUACCAUUUACCUUUUUUCCGGUGUACUCUUAAUUUGGCUUCACUACUCUAUCAUUCUUUUUUGCGGUUUAAAAAUGUGUUUGAAUAUGAAACACCAGUUGAAAAAGUUUUCAAUUGCUAACGGGAAACUUCAACGUCAGUUUUUCAAAGCAUUGAUAUUUCAGUGCAUCGGACCAACUUUAUUUUUGGUUUUACCAAUAGCCCCUACUCUGCUAGUACCUCUCAUUUGGCCAUACCUAAAAAUAGAAGUCAGCUGGCAAACCGGAUGGCUAUAUUCUGUAGUUGGCAUGUAUCCACCAUUUGAUAGUAUUUCAUUUAUAAUUAUUGUGUCUGAAUACCGAGAAGUGAUACGAGAUCGAUAUUGGGAUACGUUCUUUGGACGUGCGGAGAGACGCUACAAAUGCGGAAAUAAUAUUAACUUACAAAUUAGAUAUGAAAUAGACAGUGUUAUUAAUUAA